GGUCUUAUAGGGUAGAAGGUCAUCGGCCUGGGAACGCUUGGUUGUGUCACUUACAUUCCACCAAAAGAUUGUGAAACCAAACAAACCAAAACCAAACAAACCAAACCAAACCAAACCAAAACUUUCAUUAUUGUCAAUCAUUUUUUAGGGGAGAGCUUUUCAUACACAACAACAUCAACUUACCUAUGUGAGCUUUAAUUUUUUGAUCAGAGUUAUCAAGCUUCAUAUUGGGUCAAUACUGUGCAUUGCAGCAGCAUUGCAUAUGCAUAGAUCUUCCUGUACCCAGCAGAUAUCCAUGUGAGAAAGAUCAAUCACUCUUGGAUGGUAACAAACGAGAAUAUUCCAGUUCAAAAAAGCAGUACGCAAAUGAUCAUACACUCAUUUUUUGGGUCAAAGCUGAUAUUUCAUACUCGAUUUAUCUGAUCAUCCUGUCUUUCUAAAUUUACAACUUUAGUACGGCCCUCCCUUGCUUUAACUUGCAACAAAUACGGUGCUACCCUAGUCAAUCCAAGAAAAAAGUCUAUAUAACAAUCGCAAAAGCAAAAACAAAAACAUAAAAUCUGACAGGAAAAAGAAACCAUCUUCCGAAUAUGGAAGAUGGCAGUCAAGGAUCUCGAAGAAGUCGCAUAUCUUCAACAUCACGCAUGCCACUCUACCAUGAUUCCGCGACCAGUUCUUCAAGUAACAAUACAAGAAUAAAUAUGGCAACGCCUACUGUCUCGUCGCAGAGUACGAAUAGUUCAAGUGCACAUUUGCCUUUGGGGUCCGGAAGAAUGAGUGCGCAAUCGGGUGGGGCGGCUUUCUUGCAAGAGAGGUUGAGGGAGAGGAAGGGAAGGGAGAGGAGAUUGAGUGUGGACCUUGGUGGGAGUAUUAAUAUGGCUAGGGAAAUUCAAAGUUCGCCAGUCAAUAGGGGUAGUGGUAGUGGGGUUAUGCGGGAGAGGGAGGAGAGAAGGCCGAGCUCAAGUGGAGUGGGACAACCGGGGAAGAAGUCGAUGGGUGUUAAGCAAAUGGAAGAGGUACGUGUUUUUUGAUCUUUGGUCAAUUUAUUUUUGGUGAUAUAAGGACUGACUAUUUCAUUUUCAUCCAGACUGUCUCGACCUUACAUAAACAGAAUUUCGAUCUAAAACUGGAGCUUUUCCAUCGUCGACAGAGACAAGAAGCGUUAGAAGCGGAAUUAGAACAUGUGAGGAGCCAGAUCCAGGAUCAGGCAGAAAUGCAAGAAGUCAAUGAAGCAUUACUCAAAGAGCUAGAGAAACGGGAUCAGGCAGUCGAAGAAGCUGUUGGUGUCAUAUGUCAACUGGAAGCCCAAAUUGGGAGACUACUACAGGAACGAGAAGAUGUAAGGAGUUUCGAGACGCAAUAUGGAGAUGACUUCUACAAUCACAGCAACGAAACUGAAAUGCCAAGUUCACCUCCAACCUUAGAUAGAGACACUUCAAGAACUCUUAAAGGGAAGGAUACUGCGCACGUUAUUGCUAGAAUGCCUUCAUUUCUAUCCGAGAAAAGUGAAGGCGUGGAAGCUUUGAGAAGUCUAUAUCUUCCUAACACCAACAAUUACAGCGAUGUUGUUCUUCCACAGUUGCCAGAGGAGGAUAGCGAAAGUGGACUGGCUAGUCCUUCAUUGAGUAUUCUGAGUGAGAGUUCAUUCUUGAGCAUAUAUGGAGAUAGGUCAUCUGCUGUGAACGAGGAUUUUGAGGCCUCUCCACCAAAACAACAUCGACGAACGAGCUCUUCAGUGGAAAAGUGGAUUGACGAACGUCCAGCUUCAACUAUGCCUAUGCGAAUACCAUCACCUUCACCUCAUUCUGGUGGUAGAAGAAGUCAAUUCCUGUCAAUGAAUUAUGUUGCUGCUUCGCCAUUGCAACGCCUCGAAAAGCUUAGGAGUAAUCUGGAAAAGCAAUAUAACAACAGUACCAGUAUGCGACUCAAAGCUCGAUCCGAGAAACGAGAUAGUAUUCAGGAUAGACAAAGGUCCAAGGAGGAUAGUCUUCGACUCACGACUGAUGGGAAUGGGUACGAAACAUCGCAAAAGUUACCACCUACCCCAGAUACUAUUAGCACUGGCACUUUGAGAAAUUACAAGAACUCUGAUGAUACACUGAACCAAAGACGUCAAGCCAAUGAAGAUGAAGUUACAUCCCUUCAUAAUACAUCGACAUUCUCGGUGCCCCCUGCGACCUACAAUCCAUACCAAUCGACUACAUCUAUAAGACCACGCAGUGCUGGAGAGACGGUAACUAGCCGACGUGAAGGACAUGGAUGGGAUACGGAGACAUUGGAGACAGAUGAAUUAGAUACUUUAACCAAUUACAGUACCGACAGUGGGACCGAAGGUACCAAGAUACAUCCUCCCACUCGCCAACCUCGAGGCGGAAAUCAAACACCAGAAUUCUUCUCCUUCAAUACUACAUCUCGUGAGCGCGAUACUAUGAGAGCAUGGGGUGGCGAUGGAACUUAUAAUGAUCAUCCCGCAACACGUGUUCCGUCCGGCUCAAAUUCUGGUUCUCGUGCUUCAAAUUCUACGGCUCGACGUUACGAAAUACUUCGAGCGGUAUCUCAAGCUGAGACUCAUCCGAGAAGUGAUGGCAUAAUUACCUCUGGUUAUUUAGAUCGUAGACCACAAUCUAGAGUUGACGAUCGUCGGGAGAGACAUUUUGUAGGUAGGGAGAUAGAAAGAUCAUCCACACCUCUAGAUGAAAAGACACCCAAACCUCCUGCACCGGAUCGAAGAUCUUCACUAGCAGCUGCUACAUCGAAAUUGAGGAAACAUGUUCCAGCUUCUAUCAAUACGAGUCAUGAUUCUAAUACUAAGAUGCCACUAGCGCCUGUAUCUGCGAGUAUCCCAAACACUCCUUCUAGAGAAAAUUCCAAGGAGAAAGAGGGAAGCAAGGAAAAGGACUUCAGGAGAUUACUACCUACGCGAUUGUUCUUUGGAAGAUCGGAAACUGCACCUGCUAAUAAUUCGAACUCAACCUCGAGUUCUAGUUCCAAUUCAAAUAUAGACCGCAGGACAAAAUAUCAAACUAUGCCGAUGAGAAAUAGUAGGUAUAGUAGUCGACGAACGGACUUGAGUAAUUAUCAGUUAGAUGGUAGUGAAGAGAGCGGGAAUAUGGUUGACAAGACGACUUACUGCGAAGAGGAUGAUGUGGAUGUUGAGAGGGAAAGAAGUGCAACACCACCACCUAUUUCGAGGAAUAGAACGCACUCGAUGCAAAUUCAACGAGAGCAUGUGGUUAGACCGAGGAGUGCUUGUGCGGGUAUGAUUGUGAAUGCGAGGGAAAGAAGGAGAUUCGGAGGUGAUGGUGCCCAUGAUGGUGAUGAAGUAUACGGAACGAGAGAUUGUCUUUCUGGAGCUGGCGGUGAGAAAAAGGGUAAUAAGGGUUCGGCUUCUGGUAUGGGUUCGGGUAUCGAUAGAGAAAGACGUGAAAAUGCACAAGCAGAUACAGCUGAAGAGAAUAGCAAGGAAAGGAACGCAGUUAAGGAAAAAGAUAAUAAUGCUUCGGUAGCUACACUAGGCCAUGGAAGAAAAUGGUUCGGUCUCGCGCACGUGGGUGUAGGGGUUGGUAGAUCCGGGAGUGUUUCUCGGCAUUGAUUUAUUUUUGAUUUGUUUUUGUCUCCUCGACUAGGAAGGAGCUUGAGGUUUGUUCUUUUCUUUUCUGUUGGCGGCUGGUUGCGAGGUUGAAAGAUUGCGAACUUAAUACCUAGGUACCUAGCAUUUACUCUUCUGGCGUAUGAUUCAUUAUGAUCAUGACUAUGCAUCCAGAUGGGUAAAUGCAGGAUUCAUGGUAACCUUAUACAUGCGUCUGGAUUUUUACCUUGGGAAGAGGAAAAUAAAAGGAUGUGGUGUGGAUGGAUAUGGAUAUCGAUGCUUUUUUGUAUACAUACCAUACCAUACCGUGCUCUUUCAUGCCAUAACGUAACAGACUCGUUCAUACGAUAAGGUUAACAUAGGAUGAAUUCGAAGGGUUGGGAAUCAAUGCAUGCAUGCAAUACAUGCAUGUAUUGUUUAGUUUAUUAGCAUACCAGCGGGAAUUAUGAGAUCUUUUUUAAAAAAAAA